AUGGUCACAGCGACAUCGACCGGCGCACCGCCAUCCAAUUCCAAACCCAUCCCCAUGUCCAAACCAACGCCCCAGCCCAUCUCGUACGCCGACCGCGCAAAGAAAGGUGCUCAUGCCCGUAUCUCCCAUCCUCAGCCCCAAACACAAACACGAUUAGCGCCUUCUUCGUCCUCGUCUGCGCAGAAAGGAACCACGACGACGACGGUGAUGCCCUCGGCCGCUGAUUUCCCCGUAGUCUCGAAUUCGAACUCGAACAAUCACGCGUCGAGAAGUCAUCAUUCGACGACGACUACGACUUCUUCCUCUGCUGCAUCGACGCAUACUGCACAUACAUCGCCCACGACCUCGCACGAGAAUCCGAUGGACGAUCCUACGCCACCUCCUUCGGCACCAGCGAAGCCACCAGCGAUGAACGUUUGGAGCUUGCGUGCGGAGGCUCGGGCUCGUCCCCUUCAGCAAUUAAACUCACAAAACGUCUCCGCCACCACCCCUUCCGCCCCCUCUCCCGCUGUCACCCCACCCUCCGCGUCGAGUAGCCGUGCGACGCCGAACUCGAACGCUAAUCCUAAUCCUAACGCCAACGCCAAUGCCAAGUCAUCACCUGCCCCUAUAUCUCUAGCGAACUCGCGCUCUCCGUCUUCGAGACCAAACGCAUCGGAUGUCGAGGAUCCCGACGCGUUCGUCGUGAAAGCGAAUCGCUCGCUUUCGUCUCAGCGUCGGCCACAGACACAGACACAAGCAUCGCAUCAGCCGGUACCGGCACCGCCGCCGCCGCCACCUGUGGAUGAUACGGAGAGUUGGCCGGAGGUGGGCAAGGCGGUUGGUAGUGGCGGUGAUAGUGGUGCAGGGAAGAGUUCGGAUCAAGGUGGAGAUAGAGAUGGUGAGAAGGAGAGGGAGCGGGAUAAGGAGGAGGAGCAGAGUCAUCCGAGUACGCCGAGGAAAGAGAAACACAAAUGGAUAGCCAUACCCCCCUCCGAACUGCAAGCCGCCGCCGACGCCGCCGCCCGUCGUUCACGUUCACAACAACAUCAGCACCAACAGCAAGGAUCCCGCUCACACUCACAAUCCCAGUCCCAGUCACAAUCACGGUCUUCGAAAACCAACGCCCCAUCCACGUCUACUUCGAACCACCGGAGUCAGAAUCAAAACCAUACCCGCCAUUCGAGCUCGAAUCCGUCCGUGUCAGUGUCGCAGGUUCCGUCGAGUAGCGGGGGUAGAGGAACAGGGACAGGGACAGGGACAGGGACAGGAACAGGGUCGCAGGUGACGUCGACGAUGCAGAGUAGGGCGAGUAGUUUGCAGUCGAGUCCGAGGGGGUUGGGGUUGGGCGUGGGCGGAGGGGGGAGGGGGAGGAAGUUGCCUGGGGAGGGGAUCGAGGUCGUUGUGGUGAAUGGGAAUGGGAAUGGGAAUGGGAACGGGAUUGUGGGCGGGAGCGGGAGCGGGAACGGGAAUGGGAAUGCGCUGAUGAUGGGCGCUGGCGUCGACAAGGCUGGUCAUAACACGACGGACAGCACCAGCACCGACGCGGUCAAGAUUGCGCCGAGCUCCGGACCCGACGCUCUCGUCACUGAUCCUAGUGACUCGAUCGAUUUACCUAACGCUGCCCCGCCAUCUCGGUCCUCUCAACCCUCACGACCCUCCCGAACAUCACCACACCAUCAACAACAACCCCAACAAUCCCAACAACCACAACAACCGCAGCAGAUACAAACGACGCUACAGCCCCAGCCCCAUCAGCAUCACCCUACGGUACAAGGUGCUUACUACGUCUCGCCGCCACGGAUGCAGCAGCAGGUGCAGUUGCAGUUGCAUCAGCCGCAACCGCAGAGUUUUGCGCAUGAGGUGCCACAGGUGAAUUCGAAUCAACACCACCACUCGCAGUCGCAAUCGCAAUCGUUGCAGGCCCCAUCGGGUUCGGGCUCGGGACCGUACCCCGGUCCACCGUCGUCUGCGACUUCGCCGUUCACGUCUGAACAUGGUCAUGGAGCGAUACACCCACAACAUCCACACCAGCAUUCUCAUUCGCACUCACAUUCGCAUCAUUACCCACCCCCGCCUCCUCCGGGCGCUUACAUGCCUCCCCCACCCCCGCCUCAUCAACAUCCAGAUAUGUAUUCGCCCGGAGCUGGGGCUUGGUAUCCUCCUCCACAGAUGCAGGUUCCGCAUUUGGGACAACAUCCACAUUCGCAUCCACAUCCGCAGCGCCAGUACGACCCACAACAACAGCACCCACAGCAGCACCCACAACAACAGCAGUUCGCGCCGUAUGCGCCGUACGGGUAUUGGGUGGGUCCGGGCGGGGAGUACGUCGUCCCUCCUCCACCGCAUAUGCAGCAUGCACAGCAGCAGCAGCAACAUUUGGCGGGACCGGGACCGGGACCGGGACCGUAUGGGUAUGGAGGCGGGAUGGGUGUGGGUGUGGGUGUGAAUGGCAUGUCGAUGAGUCCGCAGCCGAGGGCUCAGUCGGGACAGGACAUGCAGAUGUAUGGAGGGGUUGGGACUGGGACUGUGACUGGGGCAGGGGAGGCCUCGGGCGAGGGUGAGCAGGAUGGGUUGGUGCGAGAGGUGUUGAGGGUCGAUGUUGGUGUUGGCGCUGAUGUUGGCGCUGGUGUUGGAAGAGUGCAGGAUGGCGAGGGUCACGGGGCUGGCGUACCGCCACCCAGCGAGAGAUCGAGACCUUUGGAUCCGAAGGACGAAGAGGCCGUAGCGGGAUACCGGAAAGUCUCCGUCGUGGAAGAUGUGGUCGAAAGAGGAGGGGGGUAUGUUGGAGUUGGGGAGGUGAUUUUCGGGAGUGUGGGCCUCCCCGAAGGGAUGAGGAGUCCGAGUCCUAUGGAGGAGGGUGGGAAGGUUGGUUCUGCGGGUUCUGGGACGGGCGAGGAAGAGCGGUCUAAGGCCAAGAUGUUCACCGUCGGUGUGCGGCCGGGCGAGGCGGGCCCUUCGUCUCUCUUGAGGGAGAGGUCGAAGUCUAGGAGCGGGACAGGGACGUGGACCGCGACAAGGACGAACUCGAUGACCAGUGACCCUGCUGCGACACGCCAGAAUGGCGUGGUCGUCACCGGUGCUGGUGCGGAUGCUGAAAACAUCGGGAGCGAGGUCGUGGACCUGACGGAUAAGGAAACGAAAUUCGAGUUUGGGACGACAACGACGGCGCCGACGACAACGACGGCGCCGACGACAACGACGGCGAGCGACUUCAUGGAUUAUUCGAACGCCGGUGCUAGUGUCGGGCCUAGGUCUGCGUUGCCGAUGGAGAAUGCGCCGCAGGGGCUGGGGCAGCCGCCACCUGUGCCAUUUAACGUGGGCUUGUUGUUCAGCGGAACGACGGUGCAGGCGCAGAGUCCGACGGUACAGGUUGGGCUGGAGUCGUUGGAGGGGACGUCGCCGCCUCAAGUGUUACCGCCACCGCCGCCGCCGCAUUCGGGACCGUAUUUGCAGAUGGGUGAGCAGGUGGGUGGGUUGCCGGUGACGACUUCGGGGACUGGGGUUUAUCUUGGACAGGGACAAGCACCGGGACCUCCCCCUGCGUCGGCAGCGAGAAGUUCAGGCGCGGUACCACCGGUCUCGGCUGCGAGGUCGGGUACAGGCGAUGAUCUCGAGGUGAAAGACUUUGGAUUCGGGUUCGGAAGGGCGAGCGGGACGGGUUAUGCAGUGGAUUUGGCGAGGGAGCAGAGGAUCAGAAGAGAGAAGGAAAGAGAGAGGGAGAGGGAGAGAGGAGAGUAUCAGAUACAGGCGAGGGAGAGGGCAGAGAGCUUUGGGUCUGCGGCGGGUGGUGUUGGUGCUGGCGCUGGAGUAGCGGCGGGGAUUGGAGCGGGGAUGACACAAGGUGCGGCUCCGGGUCCUGGUGCGGGGAUAAAUGGAUGGGUUUCUGGGGCCGGAGGAAGGUCAAGGAGGGGUUCGUUCGCUGGGAGCGGAUACGUGGCAGAGAGGGGAGGAUAUUCCGGCAGAAGGGGCAGGGGUAUAGGUCCUGGAGGAUUUGGAUCUGGUAGGGGAUAUGGCAGAGGCGGAGGCGCGUAUAAUCGGAGACAGGUGCAACCUCAACUGCAACAUACACCUCCUUCCCGUUCGCCUGUCGGUUACACGCCACCGGCGCCUGCAUUCCAGUCGUUACCCCCUCUAUCGUCGUCCCUGCCUCCGCCAUUACCGCCACCACCCUCCCAUUCAAUUUCGCCAUCGUUGCAGCCUCCAAUGACCACUGAAUCACCAGGCGGAACGACGUACUACGCUUUGCCUCAACCUCCUUUCAUAGCGCCCGGGUUCGAAGCAUACCAUUACUCGCAGUUCCAACCCAUCGUGCCACAACAACCUCAGAUGACCUAUGCGCCCCAGCCGACUUCUGCGCCUGUCAGUGCUGGUGGCGUUGGGAUGCAGCCGCAGCCACAGGGAGGGAUGCAUCCUGCGACGGUGCCCCAGCCUAUCACGCAGCUGGUGUUCCCGCUCGAUCCGACCAGGUAUUAUUUGCUUGGACAGUUGGAGUAUUAUAUGAGUGCACAGAAUAUGGCGGGCGAUUAUUGGUUGAGGAAGAAGAUGGAUUCCCGCGGAUGGAUUCCGAUCCAGCUCCUCGCAUCGUUCAAUCGCGUUCGCAGCACGACCCAGAACUACUAUCUGGUCAGGGAGGUACUCACGCUGUCUACCAUCGUCGAAGUGAGAGGGGACUAUGUCCGGAUGGGAGGUGGACAGUGGGAGAGAUACGUAUUGCCAGAUGCGCCGGUCAGUGAGGUCGAGAGUCCGUAUGAGUACGGCGCGCCUGUGCAUGGGUAUGCAGGUGCUGGGGUGGAGGUGGCCCCCGGAAAUGGGACGAGUGAGAGUGCGAAUUCGAAUGGGGAGGUGUAUUCGCCGGGUGGGGAGGAGACGGGAGAGGAGGUGGAGGAAGAGGAGGAAGAUGAUGUGGUGUUUGUGAUGGGACCUCCGGGGCAGCAACAGCCUUGGGUUUCGACUUCGUAG